CAUUUAUAUCUCUUAUUUUAUCAAUCACGAAAUUAAUAAUAACAUACGUAUUUUAGAAUAAUAUAAAGAAUAUUUUCCGAAUUAAAAAAACUUAUUUUGUUAUUUUAUUAUGUGCUAUAUUAAAUACUCUUCAAUAAUUUUAUAAGAAAGAAUUUUAAUAAUUUUUUUGCAUUUUUCGAUUUAUAAAGUAUAUUAUUGAAUUUUAGUGUUGGCAAUAUUGUAUCUUUUAUGAAAGUUGUGGCGCUUAAACUUACAGUGUUUUAUUAAGUUAAAAUUACAAUGCAAGUAAAUUUGAAUCAUAUUAUAGUUUUUAACUUUAAAUCAUUUAAGGGAGAAGUAAUUAUUGGGCCCAUUAAACCUUUCACAGCAAUUAUAGGUGCAAAUGGAUCUGGCAAAUCAAAUAUCAUGGAUGCAAUUAGUUUUGUAAUGGGAGAAUCAGCUAAAAACUUGCGUGUUAAAAAAUUUAAUGAACUUAUUUAUGGUGCAUAUGGAGAAAUACCUAUGGCACACAGAGCAUAUGUAACAGCUGUUUUUACUCUUGAAGAUAAUAGUAUUAAAAGCUUUACAAGAAGUAUAUAUCAUAGUUCUUGUGAAUACAAAAUUAAUGAUCAGGUAGUUGUAGUUCAAUUGUACUUAUCUGAAUUAAGAAAACUUAAUCUCAAUGUUAAAGCCAAAAAUUUUUUAAUAUUUCAAGGAGCUAUUGACUCCACAAUAUUAAAAACACCAAAAGAAUAUACUAAUUUAUUUGAAGAAAUUAGUAAUUCAAUUGAAUUAAAAGAAGAAUAUGAAAGGUUAAAAAAUGAAAUUUCUAAUGCAGAAAAUGAAAUUCGAUUUAUAUACAAAAGAAAAAAAAAUCUUCUUAUAAAAAAAAAGUAUGAUUUAUUACAAAAAGAAGAAACAGAAAAAUAUCAAGAAUUUUAUAAUCAAUAUUUAAAAAAUAAAACAGAAUUAUAUCUUUUUGAAUUAUUUCAUAUUCAAAAAGAUAUUCAAGAUCUAGAAAUUACAUUGAAUAUUACGAAGUCUAAAAUAAUUGAAUAUGAAAGAAACAAAAGCAUUGAAAGCGGUCUUUUAAAAGAACGAAAAGAGCGAUUAGAAAUUGCAAAUAAAGCUAUAGAAAAUAUUGAGCAAAAUCUUAUAAAUAUAAAAAAUAAUGUUAGAAAAAAAGAAACAAAUUUAAUAGAAUCAAAAGAAAAAGUUUUAUAUUGGGAACAAAAACUCAAUUCCACAAAUUUAUUGCUAUUAGAAACACAAAAAUAUAGAGAAUCUCAUAUAAAAACAAUAAAAGAAUUAAAAAAUGAAUUAACACAAAUUAAACAUGCAAAAUAUGUAUUUGAAGAAAAUAUAACAACUCAAUUAUUAACUCAAGAUAGCAUUGAACUCAAUGAUAUACAAAUAAAUGAAUAUUUUCGUUUAAAACAAAUAUCUGAGACAAAAUGUUCAAAACAUAUACAGACAUGUAAUUCUUUUAAAUGUGAGCAAAAUAUAAAUCAAAAUAAAUUAGAUAAUGAAAAUAGGAAAAAAUAUGAUUUAGAAACAAAGUUAAAUCAAAAGAUUAUUUUAAAAGAUGAAACCGAGAAACGUAUAAAAAAUAUUCAACAAUGUAUGAAAGAAACUCAGGACAUGUUAACUGAUAAAAUAAACAUAAAAAAUAAUUUAGAAAAUAUAAUUACUCAACAAAAAAAAGAUGUAGAAACUAUACAACUAGAAUUACAAUAUAUAUGUGAACAGCUUGAUUGUGCAAAAAUAGAUAAAUUCACAAUUUUGCAUUUAAAUAAAGAAGCAGAAACAAUUAAAAUUUUGCAAAAUCUUUUUUCUGGUGUGUAUGGUCGUUUAUAUAAUUUAUGUAAACCUAUUCAUUCUCGGUAUCAUAUUGCAAUGACGAAAGUUUUAGGAAAAUAUUGCAAUUCUAUUAUUGUGUCUACAAAUAAAGUAGCAAUACAAUGUAUCAAUUACUUAAAAGAACAACAAAUAGGAUUUGAAACUUUUUUGCCAGUGGAAAAUUUAAAAGUAGAACCAAUAAAAGAAAUACUACGUGGAAUUACUGAACCAAGAAAUGUAAAACUUUUAUAUGAUGUACUUAAGUUUGAACUUGUAGAAAUUAAUAAUGCUAUUUUAUUUGUAACUAAAAAUACCAUUGUUUGUGAAACAUCAGAAGAUGCGAGAAUGCUUGCAUAUGAAAUUAAUCCAUAUCAUAGAAUCAAUUGCGUUGCAUUAGAUGGAACUUAUUAUAAAAAAGAUGGUAUAAUUUCUGGAGGAGAAGUUGAAUUAUUAAAAAAAGCUCAAAUAUGGAACGAGCAAAAUUUAAUCCAAUUAAAAUCAAAAAAGGUAAUAUUAAUGGAGCAAUUAAGAGAAAAAACUAAAAUUUCUCAAAGUGAAUCUGAAAUAAAUACUUUAAAUAUACAAAUUAAGAGUUUCACAAGUAGAAUAAACUAUUCCACAUCUGACUUAAACGAUUAUAAAAAAAAAAUAAUUACGCUUCAACAUGAAAUAGAAAUUAUUCAAAAUGAAUUAGAUAUAAUAAACAAUAAUAUAGCAUCAAUUAAAGACAUUAUGAUGGAGAAAAAUCAAGAAAUUCAAAAUAUAGAAAAAUCUAUUAUGAAUAUUGAAGAUAUGAUUUUUAAAGAUUUUUGUAAUAAUAUUGGCAUAUCGAAUAUACGUCAAUAUGAACAAGGAAAUCUAAAAUUUCAUCAGGAGCAAACAAAAAGAAAAUUGGAAUUAGAAGAGCAAUAUAAUCGUAUUCAAAAUUUAUUGGAUUUUGAAAUAAAUCGAGAUACAGAAAAUGCGAUUCUUAAGAUGACAAAAAAUGUAAAAAUAAUUAAGAAUGAAUUAGAAAAAGCGCAUCAAAUUGCAGUUUUAUGUACAGAAAAUAGUAAAUAUGAAUUAAAUAAAUUAAAUAAUUUACAAAAUAUAUAUGAUGACGCCAAAAAUAACAUUAAUAAGGAAACAGAAAACAUAAAUAAGUAUAGAUGUAACAUCAGUAUUAUUUCAAAAUUAAUUAUAAAUACUCAAAAGGAAAUUACAAUAAUUAAAACAAAUAUUAAAAAGAAAAAAGCAAAAUGUUAUGCUAUUUUGAUAAAUUGCAAGGUAGAAAAUAUUAUUAUUCCAUUUUUAUCUGGAAGUAUGGCAAAUAAUUUGGAAGAUAUAGAAAUAUCUGAUUCAUUAAACAGUGAAGAAAUGCACGAUAUAGAAAUCCUUUCACGCAUAGACUUCGAUAUACUAUCUGAAGAUGUUAAAAACCGAACAGAAGAAAAUAUUAAUAACUCAAAAAAUAAAUUCGUGAAAGAAAUUGAAAAAUUACAAAAUAAAAUAGAAUCUAUAAAAAAUCCAAAUUUUAAGGCUAAUAAAGAAAUUGAACUUACAAUUGAAAAAUUAAAAGAAACAAAUUUUAAAUAUCAAGAAUUACGUAAGAAAAUUAAUUUAAUUAAAAAACAAUUUGAAUUAGUAAAACAAGAAAGAUAUAAUAGAUUUGCACACUGUUUUGAAUAUAUUACUACAAAAUUAGAUUCUAUUUAUAAGUGUUUAAUGGAAGAUGAAUCGGUUCAAGCUAUUCUUUUGCCGGAUAAUCUUGAAGAACCAUAUCUGAGUGGUAUAAAUUAUAGUUGUGUAAUGCCUGGAAAACGAUUUCAAUCAUUUUCAAAUCUUUCUGGUGGAGAAAAGACACUUGCCACAAUAGCUUUUUUAUUUGCAAUUCAUAGUUUCAGACCGGCUCCAUUUUUUAUAUUAGAUGAAAUCGAUGCAGCUUUAGAUACUAUAAAUAUAAAAAAUGUUGUACGUCUUAUACAUUCUAAAAAAAAUGAGAUGCAAUUUAUUAUAAUAUCUUUAAAAUGUGAGAUAUAUUCAUAUGCUGAUGUUCUUAUAGGAGUUUGUUCUGAUACUACUGGGGAAUACCCAGAAAGUUUAGUAUUUACACUUUCAUUGGAAAAAUAUCGUUUAACGCAUGAAGAAUAAUUUUUAUUUCGUAAUUAAAUUAAGAUUUUAUUUUAUUUUAAUUAAAAAUUGCUAAUAUAUUUAAAUUUAACAAUAAUUAAAUUUAAAUUUCAUAAAUUAUUUUAACAAUAGUUAACAAUUUAUAUUAUAUAAUAUUAUAUGUUAUAUUUUAAUUAAUUAAGAAAAAAAUUCGAUUUUGUUUUUUUGUAACAUUGAAUUAUUGAAUAUUGAAUUAUUUAAGAAUUUUUAUUUUCAUUUUAAUUCAUAAUAUAUAUAUAUAUAUAUUAUAUAUAUAUACACAUUAAUAUAUACAUUAAUAUAUAUACAUUAUGUAAUUUAAUCAGAAUAGCGAUAAUAUUAAUGUAAUAUUUCAAGAUCUGCAAUUCUUAUUUAACCCUUUUUCUUUUGUAUGAUGACUCGUAUCGAUAUCUGAGUCAUCACUAUAAAAAUAAAAGAUUACAUCAUUGUAGAAUUAUUUAGUAAUUAAUAAAUUUGAUAUAAAA